UCUCUCCCAGUCGCCAUGGCGACCGGGCGCCUUGGGGUGGGAGAGACACUAGGGGCUCUUAACGCGGCCGUAGGGCCCGGCGGCCCCGUGUGGUUCAAGGAGACGCACGCCCGGCACCUGCGCGUCCGUGACUUCCUGGCGCCGCAGCGCGCUUUACGGGCGCGCUUCGGGGACGGACAGGUGCCCGAGCGCGUGCUCCAGGCUGUCGCCUGCCUGCAGGGCCCGGGUGUGGCCCCGGUGCUGCGCUGCGCGCCCACACCCGCGGGCUUGUCGCUGCAGCUGCACAGGCCCGCAGUGUUCGAGCGCGUCCUCGGCGCCGUGGCCGCCUACGUCACGCCCGCCAAGCCUGCGUCCCCGAGCCCGCCGGUCGUCCUCCACUGCCCGGCGCUGAGCCGCAGCCCCGGCGCGCUCGGCCUGAGCCGGCUGCGCGCUGUGCUCGUCGCCGAUCACCUCGCGCGGGCGCUGCGCGCUCACGGGGUAUGUGUGCGUCUAGUGCCCCCUGUGCGGGAUCCGCACAUGUCAGCCUUCCUGCAGAAACUUCGAGUGGACUGGCCCACUGCCUUGGAGAGAGCCUCGCCGGAAGCCCUCAAGAACCGUGUGCUAGCAGAGUUUUCCUCUGCUCCGAACGGGGAGACGCUGCCCCCUGGCGUCCUGGGCAGGCUGUGCCUGAAGGAACUGGUAGAACAGGGCCGAGGGGCUGGCUAUGACCCCAAUGUGGACCACUGUGUGGUGACUGAGGAUCUGCUGUCGGUGCUGGCUGACCUGCAGGAGGCAGUACGCCAGAGGCCCGAGGACAGCCACUCAAGCCUGGUUUGGGCCCCAGAUGAUGGUUCACACGGCUACAAAGUAGUACAUGUAGUGAGCUGUGAGGAGGAGUUCCAACAACAAAAGUUGGACCUGCUCUGGCGGAAGUUGGAUGACCAGGCUCCUCUCGGACAGAAGCACCUAGUGUGUGGUCCAGUGAAAGUGGCUGAUGUACCUGGCCCUCUGAUGACAGCCCCUGAGUUCUAUGAGCUCCGGCAUGUCCAGGUGUGCGAGACCUCGGCACUGAAGCACGGUGGGGACCUGGCACAAGACCCAGCCUGGAUGGAGACUUUGGGGAUCCUCUCUGUGGCCACCAUCAAGUUUGAGAUGCUAAGCACAGCUCCACAGUGUCCGCUCCUCCUGACCAACAGCAGCAUCUCCACAAAGGGCACAAAGAGUGGAACUUUUGUCAUGUAUAAUUGUGCCCGCCUUGCUACACUCUUUGAGAGUUAUGAGCGAAGUAUGGAACAAGGACUGUACCCUCCUUUUCCACCAGUGAGUAGUCUGGACUUCUCACUGCUACGAGAUGAGGGCGAGUGGCUGCUGCUGUUCAACAGUGUCCUUCCCUUCCUGGACCUGCUGAGCCAGACCGUGAGCCUGGCCAGCACAGCCCCAGGGCUGCACGUGCCUGCUCGCACGGAGAUGGUGUGCAAGUUCCUAGUGCAACUCAGCAUGGAUUUCAGCUCCUACUAUAACCGGAUACACGUGCUAGGGGAGCCUCGGCCACACCUCUUUGGUCAGAUGUUUGCCCGCCUGCAGCUUCUAAGGGCCAUUCGUGAGGUGUUCCACACAGGCCUGGCUAUGCUGGGUCUCCCUCCACUGAGCCACAUCUAAGGGCCUGAUAGCAGGGAAUGUUUACAAAAUCAACUGGAAAAAACAAACCCCACAGAUGUUAGGAGUUUGGAACCAAAAUAAAUUGCUUCUGUUACAAA